AUGGCAAGAACCAAUCUCAUUUUUCUUCUUCUUCUAGCUCUUUUAUCAAAAACAUCAUCGUCAUUGCCUUCAAGAGAGCAAGAGAAGGACAGAAUCAAAGCACUUCCAGGGCAACCAAAAGUGGCAUUCUCACAAUACUCAGGCUAUAUCAAUGUAAACGAGUCUCAUGGUCGUUCUCUCUUCUACUGGCUCACUGAGUCAUCUUCACCUUCUCCACAAACCAAACCCCUUCUUCUUUGGCUCAAUGGAGGACCGGGAUGUUCGUCGAUUGCUUAUGGAGCAUCGGAGGAAAUUGGACCGUUCCGUAUCAACAAAACCGGUUCCAGUCUCUUUCUCAACAAGUUCUCUUGGAACAAAGAAGCAAACCUUCUAUUUCUGGAAUCACCGGCCGGAGUUGGAUUUUCCUACACGAACACAAGCUCCGAUCUUAAAGAUUCCGGCGACGAACGGACAGCCCAAGACAGUUUAAUAUUUCUUAUCAAAUGGUUAUCGAAAUUUCCUCAAUACAAAUACAGAGACUUCUAUAUCGCUGGUGAAAGCUAUGCUGGUCAUUAUGUUCCUCAGCUAGCCAAAAAAAUCCAUGAUUACAACAAAGCUUUCUCCAAACCCAUCAUCAAUCUCAAAGGAUUCAUGGUGGGAAAUGCAGUGACGGACAAUGAGUACGAUAGUAUAGGAACCGUAACUUACUGGUGGACACACGCAAUUAUCUCCGACAAAACCUACAAGUCAAUUCUCAAACACUGCAAUUUCACGGCGGAUACAGUUUCCGACGGUUGCGACACAGCCGUGAACUACGCCAUGAACCACGAGUUCGGUGACAUUGAUCAGUACAGCAUUUACACUCCAACGUGCAUGGCAUCGAAGAACAAAACCGGAUUCUUUGUACGCAUGAAGAACACACUCUUGCGUAGACGGUUAGUGUCUGGGUACGAUCCUUGUACGGAGAGUUACGCAGAGAAGUAUUAUAACCGUCGCGAUGUUCAGAGAGCUAUGCAUGCUAAUGUAACCGGGAUUCGCUAUAAAUGGACAGCUUGCAGUGAUGUUAUGAUCAAGAAUUGGAGAGAUUCUGACAAGACGAUGUUACCGGUUUACAAGGAACUUGCAGCAACUGGUAUGAGGAUCUGGAUUUUCAGUGGUGAUACAGAUUCGGUGGUUCCAGUGACCGCGACACGGUUUUCCCUCAGCCAUCUCAACCUACCGGUGAAAACUCGUUGGUACCCUUGGUACUCCGGUAAUCAGGUGGGAGGAUGGACGGAGGUGUACAAGGGACUGACCUUUGCAACAGUAAGAGGGGCGGGCCACGAGGUGCCUUUAUUCGAACCUAAGCGUGCUUACACUCUUUUCAAAUCAUUCUUGGCCGGUAAAGAGCUUCCAAAAUCUUAUUAG